UAAACUCUAUUGUUACCUCAGAUAAGCAGACAAAAAAGACUAGCAGAAAAAAAAAGGACAAUUCUAGUGCGGAAUUAUCUAAAGGUGGAGAUCUAUCGGAAUCGAAAACCAUACAUCAUUCUAUUUUAAAUAAUCAGUCUACUUCGUCAGUGCCAGAAAAUGAAGUGCAAGCCAGAAUGUCACAUUUGCGAAAAUAUGCUAAAGAGCUUCAAGCUGAAUCCUGA